ACCUGAACGGUAACUGGAACGCAACGCAGAUGUAUGUGCACCCCCAGCACAGUCUUUGAGAUGUGCGUCUUCAACUUCAACACCACAAGGCAGUAAUGUAUUACUACCUCAUAACAAAAGGGAUAUUCUGCGCCUUCUCGGGCGUGUCGUAACCGCUUCAUUCAGCAAGGGCUCUGACUUAAACCACAAGGCCUUUCUUGUUGAGAAGUUAACUGUGAAACUUCUUUUUUGUUUUGUUUGAGUCACCCAGGCGUGUCUGUGUUGGCUCCGUGAAUAACAGUGCGCUGUUGCUGCUGUAUGUUGGCAGUCUACCUGAGGAAGGUGUGUACACACUGUGAGUGUAUGACAACUCCUGGGACCUGUGUUUACAUAGUUUUCUUGAAGUGAAACAUUUCGUUUGAAAACCUGCUCGGUAGACUAAUAAUAAACGGGACGUACUUUUUAUGCCUCCUCUCACAGGUGAGCCGAGAUGUAGUCUGUAGAAUAUUUGCUUCAUAACUUCAUCUUUUGUGUAGGUGCACCUGGUUUGGGUGACACCUAUAGGGGGUUCAUUAAAAUAGUUUAUUUAACAGAGGAUGAGGAUUAAAGAUGCCGAAGAAGGGGUAGGACUUUAGAGUUUACACUGUUUGUAUGUUUCAUUCUCUUAUUUUGGUGAGUUUACACUGUUUGUAUGUUUCAUUCUCUUAUUUUGGUGAGUUUACACUGUUUGUAUGUUGCAUUCUCUUAUUUUGGUGAGUUUACACUGUUUUUAUGUUGCAUUCUCUUAUUUUGGUGAGUUUACACUGUUUGUAUGUUUCAUUCUCUUAUUUUGGUGAGUUUACACUGUUUUUAUGUUGCAUUCUCUUAUUUUGGUGAAGAUUCUAGAUUCCUUUUUAAAAACGCAAUUUGUAAAAAAAAAAUUAUCUAAUAUUUUUGGCCUUUCAUACAAUUGAAUGCAGACAUCCAGUUAUAACAAGUGGAACUCUUAUAUUUUAUCGAACUGUUUCAAUGAUUGAAUGAAACAAUUUUAGAAGACUUUUAGAGAAAUAUGUUGGCCCGUUUGUAAUAGGAUCAAGCAAUAUAAUAUGGCGCAUUUCGAAGCUAUUUUAAUUUAAAGUGUUUAUUAAAGCAUUUAAUUUUGAGACGUUAAGCCUCCUUUAAUCAGCGUAUUAUUCAAAUAAAUCUGUUUCCUUUUUUUAAAAGUAAUGUCCAAAGUUCCUUGCGCACCCCAUUUAAAAUUCCAACUUCCGGCUAUAACAGGGUUAGAUCUAACCUUUAAUUUUUAAAACUAUUUCCUAUUUAUUGUUUUGUUUUUUUUUUCAUUUGUCCUUUCUGCCGAGGAAGAGUCUUUGCCGAAACGUUCUUCCUUUAUUGUCCUGUAUUUAUAUUUCAAGCAUACAAGGCCUUUCUUGUUGAGAAAUUAAUUGUUAAAAGGUUGGGUUUUUUUUUAAUCACCCCGGCGUGCCUGUGUUCGCUCCAUGAAUAACAGUGCGCUGUUGCUGCUGUAUGUUGGCAGUCUACCUGUGGAAGGUGUGGACACUCUGUGAAUAACAGUGCGAUGUUACUGCUGUAUGUUGGCAGUCUACCUGUGGAAGGUGUGGACACUCUGUGAAUAACAGUGCGCUGUUGCUGCUGUAUGUUGGCAGUCUACCGUCUACCUGUGGAAGGUGUGGACACUCUGUGAAUAAGAAUGUGCUGUUGCUGCUGUAUGUUGGCAGUCUACCUGUUGAAGGUGUGGACACUCUGUGAAUAAGAGUGCGCUGUUGCUGCUGUAUGUUGGCAGUCUACCUGUGGAAGGUGUGGGCACACUGUGAAUAAGAGUGCGCUGUUGCUGCUGUAUGUUUGCAGUCUACCUGUUGAAGGCGUGGACACUCUGUGAAUAAGAGUGCGCUGUUGCUGCUGUAUGUUGGCAAUCUACCUGUGGAAGGUGUGGACACACUGUGAGUGUAGGACAACUCCUGGGACCUGUGUUUACAAAGUUUUGAAAUGAAACAUUUCGUUUGAAAACCUGCUCGAAAAGCUUAAGUCUAAUGGUACUCGGGUGCGAAUGGCGGCGAUGCGUGUCUGGGUCCAUUUUGACUAAAUGCUAUUUGGAUGUCAUUUGCGGUAGUUUAUUUUAGUUAAACUGAAGAAUUAAGUUGACAAACAUAUAGUCCAUUCAAUUACCUUUCAUUUGAUACCUCAUUUUGUCUUACAAACCCAACAAUAAAAUUUUAAAUAGUUUUUUAAUCCCAACCUCUCACUUCUGGUACCCGGUUACGAAUAGCUAUUGCUAUCGUUAUUGAAAUGUUCUGAUUGAGGAUCGAAACCUCAACAUUGCAUGAUCAGCACGUCACCGCAUGUAUAACCAUCAGCCUUCACUGCUUGUUCUACGUAUCUAAAAGUAUUGCACGUGUUAUGGAUUUGUACUUGGCGUUGAGAUUUUAUCUAAAUAUACAUCGUUAUAGUUUUAGGUGUAGGCUACUCAAGGAAAAUGACUAAUUUCGCUCUAUGGAAAUUUACUAUUAGAAUGAAAGAGCUGCUUACCUAAUCUCACCUAAGAAAAGAAAAAAAAACACAUAAUUUUAAAAAAAUAAAUUAAUAAGGCUUGUUAGUAGCAGCGCAUUGUGUAACUGGAAGAUAUAUUUCGCUCCGCUAUAUUGCGCUAUCAUUUAUAUCUUUACCACUUCUGAACUUCACACUUUGAGUUACACCCCUUGCUUACAGGCUAAAUUAACUAAAAGGGAAGUUAAUCAUCAAACUGCCGGAAGCCUUACGAUUCUUGAUCCAGCUGUUGUUUGGAACAUACUUCAGACGAGCCACACUCGAACUGUGAAAGAAUAAGAGGCCUACAAAAGCCUUUGCAAAACAUGUUUUAUACAUUUUUUCCCUCUCUUUAGAAAUGUAAUGAAUGCCAACGGUGCAGGAUAAAAAUAGUUUGAAACUUGUUAUUGAAGGUUGCAUUUCCGCCCUGAAGCCAUAAAAAGACGGAUCUAAAUUAUCGCUUGUUAUCAACAGACAGUUAUAGAAAACAGACAGUUAUAGACAACAGACAGUUAUAGACAACAGACAUUUAUAGACAACAGGCAGUUAUAGACAACAGACAGUUAUAGACAACAGACAGUUAUAGACAACAGACAGUUAUAGACAACAGACAGUUAUAGACAACAGACAGUUAUAGACAACAGACAGUUAUAGACAGGGCCUUGGGAUAGAAAAAAAAAGGGGGGGGGGUGGUGAAUGGUGAACUCGCCCCGGACGAAAACCCCAGGGGGCGACAAAAUCGUCUUUCGAUAGCGAAUUAAAUAAUAACAUUCCAUGGAAUUCACAAAGACAACGGACACGAAAGCCGCCCUUUUACUCGUUCAUCCUGCUCGAAACAUUUGCUCUAUAUGUUAGGGUGACCUAUUUAGGCCUCGCCAUUGGCGCCUCUUUUCCUCGACAUCAACCCGGCUAGGUGUACGCGAAAAAAGGACCCAAAUUUCAACUGACAAUAUAAUAUAUUUUGUGAACCAUUGAGCUCUUAAAAUUCUUUUUAAGAGGGUCUAAUAUUUUCUUAUGUGUAAACCGAAAACAACAACAAACCAGCUAAUUCGACGAUUAAUUUGGGCAUUGGACUUCUCCUCUUCCAUAUUUUGAGGAUCUACGAUCAAUUUGUAUUGUUCAUUCUGGGCGUCUCGCAUGAAAGAUAUAGCGAAGGGUGACAUCUCAUCACAAGAUCUAUUUUGAACUGAAACUUUUUUCAACCACCUUUGCGCCAAAAAUGACUCAAAUUAUUUUACUCCAAAGCCAGAAGUUGUUCCAGAUAAUGUUUCUCAAAUUAAAAAAAUUAUAACAAAAAAAAUGGUUAUAUAAAGAUAUAAAGAUUUCAAUGCCUUGUUGGCAGGCUAAAAAGUCUAUGUCACACAUUCUCUCUGUCGCACCUCCUUUCACAAGAGAAGCACAAGGGUGAUUAAUCUUACAGACGACAAUGUUAUCUGCCACGCCCCCCCCCCCUUUUCACUGUACAACAAUUACUUUCCCAUUAAGAGUCUCAGUUGUCAUUGCCAGCACGUGUCAUCUAGGUGCAGGAGCAUCAGCAAGGAUGAUGGAUAGGCUCAUACACCUUUAACAAACCAUUUUUUUUUUUGGUAGUACUCUGUUCAGGCAAGACACUAAGGGAUAGAUAUUAAAAUAACAACUUUUUUUUUCUUCUCUAGCAAUUAACGAAAAGAACCGAAAAAUGGAUCGUGGUAAAAAAAAAAAGGAAAUAAAGAGAGAUUCAAUUUCAUACAUAACAAAAGUAGGUUAUUACUUGUCAGAAAUGUGAACAAGAGGUUACAGGGCGUUCAAGGGGCGUCUUAUAGCUGUAAAGGUGUGUCUCGGAGUUUUAAAAGGUUGUCUCAGAGCUACAAAGGGUGUCACAGAGCGUUCAGGUGUAAGGGUUUUGAAAAUGUGUCUUAGAGUUUUAAAUGGGUGUCUCAUUGGCUUAAAACUGAGUCUCGGAGCUUUAAAAGUGUGUCUCAGAGCUUUAAAAGGGUGGCUUUAUAGGUGUGUCUUGUAGUUUUGAAAUUGUUUUUUAUACAUCUAAAAGUCUCAGAGUUCAAAAAGAGCGUCUCAGAACUUUUAAAGUGUGUGUUGGAGCUUUAAAUGUGCAUCUCAGAGUUUAAAAAAAGGUUGUCUUAGAGCUAUAAAAGUGUGUUUUAGAGUUUUAAAAGUGUGUCUCAAAGUUUUAGACGUAUGUCUCGGAGCUUUAAAAUGGUUUCUCAGCUACCUGUGACCUAAAAUGCUAAGAAUAUGUAUUCAUAUGCAAACAUUUUUUUUUUUUUAUAUUAUUGAGUGUUUUGAAAAAUUGAGACUUGAAGGGUGUUAGAUAUUAUUAGUUUUUAUUCCAUAUUUGUAUCGUAUACUUCGAUGUCCCAUGGUAAUUAAUUAAAUGACUCAAUCACACAUUUUUAUAAAGUCGCGGCUAGUACAGUGGCGACACAAAUAAUGAAGCCAUGGUUAUUUUUAUUCACUUCAUCACAAAAUCAGACAUCUCAGGAAUUCAUGCUUCUCCUUUUUAUUAUCAAGAACCAGCGACUUUCAGUGUUUGUAUUAGAAGAGCUAAUUCUUAGUUUGACUACCAAUCCCUUCAUUUGUCAGGCAAUUUUAAAGUAUGUCAGUUCUAAACAAAAUACAUCAAUACAGUACUUAGAUAGUUUAUGCUUUCAAAACGAAAACCAUUUGAUGGGCAACACGUACAAUUAAAACUUUCAACAGUUGAGUAGGAAAAACUGGGGGUGGGUAUCUUUUAAUUUACUAAUCUUCAGAUGUGAUCUUAAGAUUUCGGAGACAAUGAUGUUGGCCUCUGCCCCUUUUCACAGCUUUCUAGUGGUUUUGCCCUAGGGCAACGUGAAGAAAAAAGAGCAACGUGACGUAUAUUAUGAGAACCCCUGGGCUGGCCUAACAGUCGGCGUUGUAAGCCCGUGACACUUGUUUUUGUUUGAUUUCUGUGACGUCAUAAUUAUCUAUAAAUUAUUUGAUUUAGUUUUGUUUCUUUUCCUUGGGGGGAAGGGGGGUGUGGGGGGUUGGUGUGAUCGAAAGCUUCUUGUAUGUAAGCAUGAAAGGGUGGGGGGGGGUGCCAACAAAUUAAGCGUAUAAAUGACGGUAGGGGGGGGGGGGGGAUUUUUUCUUUUUUUUGUUUCUUUUCCUUGGGGGGAAGGGGGGUGUGGGGGGUUGGUGUGAUCGAAAGCUUCUUGUAUGUAAGCAUGAAAGGGUGGGGGGGGGUGCCAACAAAUUAAGCGUAUAACUGACGGUAGGUGGGGGGGGGGAGAUUUUUUCUUUUUCUUACUGUACUAAAUGGAUGGCCCCCAUGAAGACGCCCUAGUGUUGUUUCUUUUCGUCCAACAGCCGCUACAAAAUGAUGCUAGGUCACAACUACGAAUUCGUGGGAGGUCAGCGUACCAAGUCGGAGGUCGCGUCCACGUCAGCGUCCGGCAUCGACCUCUACAAGUCGUCCUUCACGGAGCCCGGUGAGACGGAGUACGUGUGGAGCGAGAGCGCCAAAAGCCUCAGCGAUAUCUUGAAGGAUGCAACGCUGCCUGUCGUCGUCAAGGUAGGACCCGCUUCAGUUCGGAGCGAAACAAUGGUUCAAUAAUUAUUGUUCUUGUUGUGGUUGCAUUGUUGAUUUUGACACUGGAGCCGUGGUCAGAGCUGAAUGUGAUGCCCUGGACAUAUGUGAAUGUGAUGCCCUGGCCAGAGGAGAAUGUGAUGCCCUGGCCAGAGGUGAAUGUGGUGCCCUGGCCAGAUGUGUAUAUAAUGACCUGGCCAAAGUUUAAUUUAAUGUCCUGGAAUUUGAAAUUAAUGGUGAAAUAGAUACAUGUUAAUAUGGAUAAAAUGUUAUUGUUACCCUCAAAUUUACGGAUUAAAUAAAAAUGUACACAAUAAAUUCAAUACUAUCCAUACAAAGACAAACAUUAUUUAAAACUCCCUUGAUUUUUGCAUCUAACGUUUGCUCUGAUUUAACAUUUCUAGAAUUUUUUAUUAUAAGUUUAGUUUUCUUUUUGGCAGACAUUUUGAUUUACUGCUUUCCUGUUCAUGUUUUAUUAAUUCGACGAAUCAAACGUUGUCCGUCGUGUCACGUCUCCAAUCGAUGUUUCAGCUGUGCAGCGACGGCAUGGUGAAAGACCACGAGACCCCCAUUGACCUGCAGAGACCGUUGCUACUGUACAAGGAGUUCAAAGGCAAGAAGCUCCAUGCUCGAAACAUACGGGCGAAGUCCGCCACCAUUGACACCACCCGCAUCGUCCACGAUAAGGUGGGACCUUACGUCACGUUCCCAGACACAUUCACGGGUAAGGAGUGAAACUGAUUUCUUACGUCAUUAUUUCCAGACACAAAGACUGGUAAGUAGUGAAUCUGAGGCCUUACGCCACGUUCCCAGACACAUUCACAGGUACAUAAGAAAAUUGAUGCCAUCCAGUGAUAGUUCUGUACAAAUUAUACGCAGAACAGAAAACACUCUCAGCGACUAAAUAUUUAUAAACGACAGAUUAAAUAUAGCUAAAAAGACUUUAUUUUAUAAUCUAUUCAUAAAAAUCCUACUUUUCGCACUAAAUGAUAGCCUGGCACAUAUUCAACUCUCGAAGGGUGUCUGAAUAACUCUAAUCUGCUACAAAUAAAUCUGAAAUAUCACUAUCAAGAACUGGUAGAAGAAGAAGAAGAUUAUUAGAGUUUAUGGAGACAAAUAUUUUGUAUGAUAGGUUUGAACUUAGAUCCCUAUUUUUCGAUAUCUACUUUGGAAUAAAAAUUAGCAUUAUAUAUAGAUAUUGGCUGCCAAUCUCUUAGACUAGGAAAAUCUCCUUUUUAGAAACAAUUCCCGGAGUAAGAAUCCAUAAUCAAUAUGAAUACUAUUUUGCUUGGUGGCCUCGUUGAACACAACACUUUAUUGAUAGAGAAAGCUCUCACAUUUUUUAUUUUUGGCUGGCCCAAGUUAUGUCUGACAGAUGAAUGACAUAUUUUGCUGCGUUAUUAACCGACAUUAACAUUAAUAUCUGCUGAAGCGUGACUGAGCAGGACGCUCUUGCACGGCCACUCACGAAGAACAGCGUCCAGGACCCCGAUCCGACGUAUUCGUAACCGUUAAAGUCAAAACCAGGAUCAGGGACCCCCCCCCCCCCCCCGAUAAGCAAUGAACGCGGAUUAGCCUGGCUCGUGAAACUAACCUUUCCACAAUUACAGUUUACAUUGGUAGGACUGCCAUGGAAAUGGGAUCAAACAUCGUUUACAAUCUUUUUGUUCCCUGACUCAUAGAUGAGCCGACAUUGGAAUGUAGCUGAAAUGUUCAUUGUAUCACCAUGACAUGUUCAUUGUAUCACCAUGACAUGUUCAUUGUAUCGUCAUGACAUGUUCAUUGUAUCGUCAUGACAUGUUCAUUGUAUCGUCAUGACAUGUUCAUUGUAUCGCCAUGACAUGUUCAUUGUAUCGCCAUGACAUGUUCAUUGUAUCGUCAUGACAUGUAUUUUCCAAUUAUUUGUUCAUAAUGCAUAUACGAUUGAUAUCCAUGGAUAUUUGAGUGAAACUUAUCAUCUCCCCAAAUAUCUAAAUAAUGAAACCAAGGAAUUUAUCUGGGAGAAGAAAAAAUAUUUUAGAUAUCCAUUGGAUCCAAGUGUCAUCAAAAGUCGACACCCACAAUCUUAAGAAUAAGAAGACACCAACAAAAAAAUGACUGAUGGAUGAUUUUCAGUGUGUCCUAGUUGAUUAUAAUUUUUUGUGUGUCCUGUUAGAUUAAGAUUUAAUCUGUGUCCUGUGAGGUUAUGAUUUUGUGUGUGUCCUGUUAGGUUACUUCCGAGAAAUUGACACCAAAGAUCACCCGCUGCUAAGCAUUGGCGACGUCACAAGGAUCAUGCCCAAGUUAUUCAUCAGUGCUGGAGAUUAUGAGGGGUAUCUGUGCGUCAGCCAAUUCGGGGUAUGUUUAACACGGUUUGUUCUGUGUACAGGUGUGCUCUGUGUACACGGUGUGCUCUGUGUACACGGUGUGCUCUGUGUACAUGAUGUGUUCUGUGUAAUUUGCCAAGCUUUAUGCAUACAUAUUGUAUUCAUUCACUAUGGGCUAAGUUGUUCUUAUUGAAUGACUUUCCUUUUGAUAUGGCUGAUCUUCCUGAAGGCGAAGCUCUUUAAGUACGUUAAAAAGUUUCAAAAUUUGCUCCUCGAAUUCUUCAUUGACGUUGUAGAAUAUCUUUAAAUACAUAAUUUUGGGCCCCCCAAAACAAAGUAAUUCUCCUCCCCUGAUUCUAGCCAGUAUGACACUGGCGUACCCAGUAAUACACGGACAUACCCAAUAUUGCACCGAUGUACCCAGUAUCGCACUGAAGUACCCAGAAUUGCAGUGAGGUACCCAGUUUUGCACUGACAUACCUAGUACCUUAAUUUGAUUUAUUUUUGUUUAAGAAGCUAUAACAAAUUGCAAAAAAUUUUUUUUUUAUUAUUUUAAUUAUUUCUGAGAAUUUGAAAAAGAAAAUCAUCGCUUAUGGCAAUGAUUAAAUUUCAAUGCAGGAUUAUAUUUCUUGCAGCAGUUUUUCGGGGCUACUUUAAAAAAAAAAAGUGUUUUUAAAGAUUUUGUUUUGCCUGUUAUUGCCAUUGGUUGAAAAGCUUAUUUUUAACAUUUACCUGAAAUGCUUAAAAAACACAAUGUGUCGUCAUAAGCUGAUAUUCACAACUCAAAACAACGUAUACUUAUUGCAUUCACCAGGAAAACCUCUACCAAAAGUCAGUGGUCCCCACGGGCCUGUACAAGCCCACCAACGUUCUACAAGACACGAUCACAUACAUCAACAAACGGAAGUCUGAAAAGAAGAAACUGGUCCGUUGCCUGAGUUGUGAGGACGACCGUGGUAAGAUCGCCCUGUUCCCGCUGGAAACCAAAGGCAUCUUCUACAUCGGCGCCCUCGGCUCCAGCUUCCCGAAGACCAACGUCAGCGUCAGCCCGGCUUGCAUGGCCCACAGGUGGACAGAGUUCGAAGUUCAGAGGAUGAAAUCUCUGAGGGUCAGAAUGGUGCACGGAAAGCCACCGCUAGAGGAGUGCAGCUUCACCGGACUGCUGGAGUUCUCCCACGUGACCGAGGAGCACACGGUGAUCGUCUCGACCUUGUCACCGGCACCGCGUCUGUUCGAAAUGGCCGUGACCUCCGAACCUUUCUUCCUCGUGGCUUUGAACUCAAAUGAAGUGCCGGUCGGAGCUCUCCAGCAGAAGUGUCUCAAGUUCGCUAAGAAUGAAACCGAGGCUUACAUGGCGACCGUCAAGGUCAAGAGAGAUUAUGGCAUAGAACAGGCCGAUUCUACGAACGAUCAGGAGUAGGUCAGAUUUCAGUAGCAACAAGUUCACCAAGAGACAAACAUCCAAUAGGACAGUGGUUGAAUUUGCAUCAAAGAUGGGUCAGUUGUCUCUUAGUAGCCAUUCAAGUGGUCCUGAAACUGAACUAGGAUCAUUAGAUCCCUGUUUUAUCAUGAUAUUCAUAUUUCAAGCUCUCACAUACCUUGUCCUACUACUUCAUGUAUUAUCCUUGAACCAUGAGAGGUUAUAGCUAGCCUGUUGCCAUGGUAACAUGAACUGUCGUAACAUUAAACGUUAUCCUUUACCCGUGAAAACCACAAACCACAAACCACCGUAGGCAUUUUCAUUUUCAUUACCACAGCUCGCUAUUCCCCCCCCCCUCCCCCCAUUUUGCUAAUUUUUACAUUUAUAUGAAUGGAAGUGUUGUCUUAAUGUUCGCCAACUCACCUCAGUUUGUAAGACUAAAUGCAUUUACCAAAUGUGUGCGGUGGGGGUUGGGGUGUGUAUAUCAGUAAAGGGGUCAAUGACGCCCUUCCAGCGGUAUUUUGUAAAAACGUAUAUAAAAAUAAAAAGCAGUUUGAAUAUCGCUUGUCACGUAUUAUUUUGAUUUACCGUUAAUUUAACUGUGUGCAUGCUGGUUUUCCAACAUUACUGGCUGACGAUCUAUCUCACUUCUGAACAAUGAAGGGCUCAUGGGUCUGCAACACACACAGCCCCCUUACCCCCCGCCCCCUUAACCCCCGCCCCACCACCAAAAAAAAUAUAAUACACCUAGCAUAUUCAGGUUCAAAUAAAUAGAAUAUAUCGAUUCGAUACUAGGUUUCUUUUUUUUUUUUAAUAUUAAAACUUGAUAAUAUUUUUGCAACAGAUGCAAAUAUUGUAGUGGUUAUUUUUUAUCCGCGCUUGUUUGACACUAGUGACGUGUUGACCACUGCAUAAGCCAUAGUAAAUCAAAGGUAGAAAGUGGUCAUGAUGGUCUUCCAAGAAGAAAAAAACCUGUCAUCUUUGAGAUUAUGGUAACUGGCAUUUAGUGUAAUUUAUUUUGCAUUAUUUUAAUCAUUAUUUCUAAAAGAGUCCCAUUUAAAAGAAAAUGUGAGUAGCUAAUCCAAACCCAUGGCCUGCGUUCUACAAGAUGUUCCAAUAAUCAAUGAGUCCAGUGCAAGCCCAGAUUUUGACAGUCAGAGACCACUAGCUUUACAGAAGUACAUUUGGUGCCCCAAUUAUAUCUAAAUAGAAGUACAUUUGGUGCCCCAAUUAUAACUAAAUAGAAGUACAUUUGGUGCCCCAAUUAUAGCUAAAUAGAAGUACAUUUGGUGCCCCAAUUAUAGCUAUAUAGAAGUACAUUUGGUGCCCCAAUUAUAGCUAAAUAGAAGUACAUUUGGUGCCCCAAUUAUAGCUAAAUAGAAGUACAUUUGAUGCCCCAAUUAUAGCUAAAUAGAAGUACAUUUGGUGCCCCAAUUAUAGCUAACUAUAAGUAAAUUUGGUGCACCAAAAAUAGUUAAAACAUAAUUCACAUGCCAACUGUAAUGAACCCUUUGUAUUUUCUUUACUUUAAACAGUAUUUUAACACCCAAUGCUAUUACUUUUUAUACUAUAAACAUUAUGGUUAAUGUAUGCAUUUAUUCAUGUAUUAUUUUUGUGGAGUUCUUAUUUGUGGAACCUGUCUCAACAUCACCGUUUGUAUUUUUGCAUCAUCUGGUGAUGUUCCGUUUCCUGACAAACAAGACAGUGGUCAUCUUAAAGAGGAUUCACUUCAAUUCAUUUCAAGAAAAAGCUUAUUACGCUUAAUAGAUAUACAGGCUCGACCGGGAACAAAAUUUACUUUUGGUCAAAUUAAUGUAAAAUCUGUUGUUUUUUUCCUGGUUCUGUUAUUACGACUUACAUUUUUUUACUGAUUGUGUAGCGCGUUUGAAUAAAUUAUACCCGUAACUCUAAGGCAUUUUGUCUUUAUAUUCUUUG